GGAGUGGAAUAAGACAAAUAUUGUCCUUUGUCGAAAAUAACCUCUAUCGAAAACCCCUGAAGACCACUGCAAUGGCCGAGGAAAACAUCUUCCUUUUCGUUCCGAAUUUGAUCGGCUAUGCCCGCAUCGUGCUGGCUCUGCUUGCCUUCUACCUGAUGCCAUGCUGUCCCGUACCAGCUGUGUUCUUCUACCUGCUCAGUGCCCUCCUGGAUGCCUUUGAUGGGCACGCCGCCCGCGCCCUCAACCAAGGCACUAAGUUUGGUGCGAUGCUGGACAUGUUGACAGACCGCUGUGCCACCAUGUGUCUCCUGGUCAACCUAGCUCUGCUUUACCCCUCCUACACCUUCCUCUUCCAGAUCAGCAUGAGCCUGGACAUCGCCAGCCACUGGCUGCACCUGCACAGCUCAAUGAUGAAGGGAUCCACCAGCCACAAGGCCAUUGAUCUAUCUGGAAACCCCAUUCUUCGCCUCUACUACACUUCCCGGGUAAGAAAUAGUCAUACACACACACACACACACACACACACACACACACACACACACACCAACAUGGACACACACACACACACACACCAACAUGGACACACACACACACCAACAUGGACACACACCAACAUGGACACACACACACACACACACACCAACAUUGACACACACACACACACACACCAACAUGGACACACACACACACACACACACACCAACAUGGACACACACACACACACACACACACACCAACAUGGACACACACACACACACACCAACAUGGACACACACACACACACACACAAACAUGGACACACACACACACACACACCAACAUGGACACACACACACACACACCAACAUGGACACACACACACACACACACACCAACAUGGACACACACACACACACACACACCAACAUGGACACACACACACACACACACACACCAACAUGGACACACACACACACACACACACACCAACAUGGACACACACACACACACACCAACAUGGACACACACACACACACACACACACACCAACAUGGACACACACACCAACAUGGACACACACACACACACACACACCAACAUGGACACACACACACACCAACAUGGUCACACACACACACCAACAUGGUCACACACACACACCAACAUGGUCACACACACACACCAACAUGGUCACACACACACACCAACAUGGUCACACACACACACCAACAUGGUCACACACACACACCAACAUGGUCACACACACACACCAACAUGGUCACACACACACACACACACCAACAUGGUCACACACACACACACACACCAACAUGGUCACACACACACACACACACACAAACAUGGUCACACACACACACACACACACACACACCAACAUGGUCACACACACACACACACACACACACACCAACAUGGUCACACACACACACACACACACACACACCAACAUGGUCACACACACACACCAACAUGGUCACACACACACACACCAACAUGGUCACACACACACACACCAACAUGGUCACACACACACACCAACAUGGUCACACACACACACCAACAUGGUCACACACACACACACACACACACCAACAUGGUCACACACACACACACACACACACACACACACACACCAACAUGGUCACACACACACACACACCAACAUGGUCACACACACACACACACCAACAUGGUCACACACACACACACACCAACAUGGUCACACACACACACACACACCAACAUGGUCACACACACACACACACACACCAACAUGGUCUCACACACACACACACACACACACACACACACACACACACACACACACACCAACAUGGUCACACACACACACACACACACCAACAUGGUCACACACACACACACACACACCAACAUGGUCACACACACACACACACACACACACACACACACACACACACACACACACACCAACAUGGUCACACACACACACACACACACACACACACCAACAUGGUCACACACACACACACACACACACACACACACACACCAACAUGGUCACACACACACACACACACACACACCAACAUGGUCACACACACACACACACACACACACCAACAUGGUCACACACACACACACACACACACACACACCAACAUGGUCACACACACACACACACACACACACACACACACACACACCAACAUGGUCACACACACACACACACACACACACACACCAACAUGGUCACACACACACACACACACACCAACAUGGUCACACACACCAGCCACAAGGCCAUUGAUCUAUCUGGAAACCCCAUUCUUCGCCUCUACUACACUUCCCGGGUAAGAAAUAGUCAUACACACACACACACACACACACACCAACAUGGUCACACACACACACACACACACACACACACCAACAUGGUCACACACACACACACACACACCAACAUGGACACACACACACACACACACACACACACCAACAUGGUCACACACACACACACCAACAUGGUCACACACACACACACACACACACACACACACACACACACACCAACAUGGACACACACACACACACACACACACACCAACAUGGACACACACACACACACACACACACACCAACAUGGACACACACACACACACACACACACACCAACAUGGACACACACACACACACACACACACACCAACAUGGACACACACACACACCAACAUGGUCACACACACACACCAACAUGGUCACACACACACACCAACAUGGUCACACACACACACCAACAUGGUCACACACACACACACACACACACCAACAUGGUCACACACACACACACACACACACACCAACAUGGUCUCACACACACACACACACACACACACACCAACAUGGUCACACACACACACACACACACCAACAUGGUCACACACACACACACACACACCAACAUGGUCACACACACACACACACACACCAACAUGGUCACACACACACACACACACCAACAUGGUCACACACACACACACACACACACACCAACAUGGUCACACACACACACACACACACACACCAACAUGGUCACACACACACACACACACACACACCAACAUGGUCACACACACACACACACACACACACCAACAUGGUCACACACACACACACACACACCAACAUGGUCACACACACACACACACACACACCAACAUGGUCACACACACACACACACACACACCAACAUGGUCACACACACACACACACACACACACCAACAUGGUCACACACACACACACACACACACACCAACAUGGUCACACACACACACACACACACACCAACAUGGUCACACACACACACACACACACCAACAUGGUCACACACACACACACACACACACCAACAUGGUCACACACACACACACACACACACCAACAUGGUCACACACACACACACACACACACCAACAUGGUCACACACACACACACACACACACCAACAUGGUCACACACACACACACACACACCAACAUGGUCACACACACACACACACACACCAACAUGGUCACACACACACACACACACACACACACACACACACACACACACACCAACAUGGUCACACACACACACACACCAACAUGGUCACACACACACACACACACACACACACACCAACAUGGUCACACACACACACACACCAACAUGGUCACACACACACACACACACACACACACACCAACAUGGUCACACACACACACACACACACACCAACAUGGUCACACACACACACACACACACACACACACACACACACACACACACACACACACACACACACACACACACACACACCAGCCACAAGGCCAUUGAUCUAUCUGGAAACCCCAUU